AUGGAGCCAUUGCUUCCUGGUGCUCCGGCCGUGGGAGCGGGCGUUCCCUCGGAGCCAAAGCCCGUGGCCGCCCCCUCCAGCGAAUCGCUCAAGUCUGAAGUGAAUGGUGUCACGCCAGCCUCUGAACCAGCACCUGCCCCCGUGACAGAAAGCGCUACCCACGCGGCGCUCGACAUCAAGACCAUGCUCAAUGGUAGCGAUUCGACGCCAACCCCCCCAAGCACAAAUGGACAUGCGCACGUCACAGCCCAGCCAGCAGAGAGACCAGCAGCGGCCGUCGAACCACAGGAGCCUAUAUCCGCUCCCAAGCCAGUUGAGGCUAGCGCCUCAUUGGCAGAACGCCCAGUCCCCGAGGCAAACACUACUGCCCCCGCUGCCGCACCCGCGCCGGCGCCGGCCCCUGCUUCUAUUCCAGCCUCAGCUCCUGCUCCCGCUCCUGCUCCUGAACCUAAGACUGAAGAUGCGCCCAUGAAGGACUCUGCGCCUAGUGUUGCGGCGCCACAAUCCGCUGCCACGCCGGCCCAGCCUGCUGUGAAACCCGAGGCUCUUGUGGACACCAAGAUGGAAGAUGCUGCAGACAUCAAACCUGUUCAGGACACUCCUGCCAACACUCAGCCAUCGCAGGGCUCCAGCACCCAGGCAGCCUCUGAAGUCGACUUGCAGCAAGCUAGCGUUUCUCAGCUCAACCUCGACACACAGCCCGAAGACUCGAUUAUGCCUUCUGUUGAGGUGGCCAUGACUGACGCGCCCGCUCCUACAAAGGUAGCUCGUGAGCGCGAAGAGGAUGUCGUUGACGAACCGGCUGCGAAGCGCGCCCGUACCGAACCCGAAGAAGACAAGCCCAUUCCCAGCACCGAAACUGCUGCGAAGCCCGAGCCUGCUCCGGAGGCACCAGUGUCUGCUGCGCCAGCCCCUGCCGCUGCUGCUGCCGACGCGGAUCCCGCUACCCCAGCCACGCCCGCUGACGUUCCCAGCGUCGACUCUCUUCACAAGUGGAAUGAUCCCGAAGCGAUGAGCCGCGAGCUUACAGCUUUCCGUCGUCGCGAAAUUCGCAAAAUUAUUGGCCGAGUUAAGAAAACUAAGAGCGGCGCUAACUUCAAAGACUCUGUUCCUAAGCUCUGGCCGCAGCUCGCUGAUGCCUAUCUGGCCAAGAUUGAUCAUCCCGUCGAUCUUAGCGAAAUCGAGCGCAAGACCCGUGAUGAGACUGGAUACAUGACCCUUGGCCAGUUCAAGGAUGAUCUCGGCUUGAUUCACAAGAAUGCUCUUACUUUCAACGGUCCCGCACAUGACGUUACUGCUGGAGCCUUCAACGUCGUCAAGAUGGUAUGGGAGGAUGCACUUCCCCUCCCUGCCGAAGAACCGGCUCGCCCCAAGCCUAUUCCCAAGGCUAAGCCUGUUCGCGAGGCCAGAACCCCAACCAGCACUACACCGCAGCGCAGUAUGGGCGAAGGCGCUGGCAAGGCUGACGCUUUGCUGGACGCUGACAGACCUAAGCGCAACAUUCGGGCCCCUAAACCCAAGGAUAUCGACUACACCACAAAGCCCUCGCGCAAGAAGUUGAAGCCUGAGCUCCAAUUCUGCUUUGAGGUCAUGGAUGAAAUUAUGCACCCCAAGAACGACACCUUGAUUGAGUGGUUCAAGGUUCCUGUUGAUGCCGAGGGCCUCAACAUCCCCCACUACUACUCCAUCAUUAAGAAGCCUAUGGACUUGGGCAAGGUUAACGCUAUGCUGCAGGCCGGCGAAUUCACCAGCCUGAAGGACUUUGACAAGACAGUGCGCCUCAUUUUCGACAACUGCUACCAGUUUAACGGUCCCGUUGACCAGGGCAAUGUUGUGUCGCUCCGUGCCAAGGACCUCGAGAACUUUUAUAACAACCUGAUGAAGGAUAAGGACAACUGGCUUGCCAGGUUUGCCAAGGCCAACGCCCCUGUUGCUGCGUCCAACGACAGCGAAGACGACGAAGAUGAUGAGGAUGACGACAUGGAUGAUGCGCCUGCUGUUGACAACAGCAAGGAGAUCCAAGAGCUCACAGCUAAGCUUGGUGAGGAGACAUCAAAGCUCCACGCCAUGUUUGUCCCUGGUGCCAACCAGUCACUCAUCGACAUCCAGAAGGGCAUUGUUGACAUGGUACAGGCUGCCUUGAUGAAGGCCGUUGCCAGCGGCGGCGAGACCCAAGCCCGUGCACCCAAGAAGCCUGGUCGUGGCGGCAGACCCAAGGGAUCCGGUAACCGCAAGUCGCUUAGCGGCCAACCCAAGAAGACCCCUGGUCCCAAGAAGGGAGCGGUUAAGAGAAGCCUGUCGGCAUCGGACAAGGAUGCCAUUGCCAACGCCAUCAAUGACCUCGAAUACCCCCAUCUCGAUCGUGCUAUCGACAUUAUCAAGAAGGACACUGGUCAAAACGAAAACAAUGAUGGCGAGCUCGAGCUUGAUAUCGAUCAGCUGAGCAACGAUGCUCUUCUCAAGCUCUGGGAGCUCUGCAAGAAGGCGUUGCCUGGAUUCGGCAAGGGAUCUGCUUUUGAAGCGGCCGAGAAGGCUCCCAAGGCACCCAAGCCGGCGGCAUCGUCUUCGUCGCUGGGCAAGCCCAAGAAGAACAAGCCCAUGAGCGCACAAGAGCAGGAGGCACGCAUUGCGCAGCUGACAGCACUGCGCCAAAUGUACAAGGACGGCCAGGAGACGUCUGACGUCGCAGGCGGAGCAGGCGACUCGAUGCUUUCACCACCUGCGGGGGCUGAUUCGAGCGACGACUCAGACUCUGAGGAGGAAUAA